AUGGAGCCUCCCCCUAGUGGCGAUCCCCGGCAGCAUCCAUUGCCUGCUCCGCCGCCGCCGAGUAAAGCGGAUGACGCGAUGCCGGAGUUGGUUGAGUUGUUGGGGAACUUUGACUGGGCGGUGGACACGGUGGAGAAGUGUGCUCGCCUGAUAAAUAGCGAGAGCGCGUCGAGUCAGGAUAAGUUGCGUGCGGUUCAAGACCUGAAGCAGCUGUUGUGUACCAGUCGAGAUCACGUGUUUCCCAUUGCGCAAGAUGUCAUAGACAGCGGGGCCCUGGUCGGGUUGACUAAGUUCGUUAGUUCCGAGAACCCAGUAGACGAGUUGCGGUUGCCGGCGGCAUUCUGUUUGACGAACAUCGCGGCGGGAAGUGACGAGCAGACGGCGGCAGUUGUCUGCGCCGGGGCUGUUCCGGCCAUGUUGCAGCUGCUUUCCGUGGGCCACGAGGGGUUAGUACGGCAGGCCAUCUUUUGUCUGGCUAAUAUAGCGGGUUCCAAGCCCGAGUACCGAGUUAUGCUAGCGGACGAGCCGAGUUACUUUCGGGCAUUGCGCUAUGCCAUUUUGGCUUCUCAUGACAGCCGGAUUGAAGAAUUAGCCGGCUGGAACCUCCGGAACAUUGUUGUCCUGGGGGGAGUACCGUUUGAAAAGUGCCUGCCGGCGCUCAACAUCUUUAUCGAGAAAUUGCGCUACAGCGUUCCCGCCCGCCGCACGUGUGUGCGCCUCAUGAUGAAUGGCAGCGCAACGCUCGCCAGCAUCCAUCACAACACCGCAAAUUGGUUUAGAUACGGUCCGCUGGAGCAGGACGGCGUUUCCGGGCUCCUGGGCCCAGUAACAAACCGCUCGGUGCUCAGGUUCAGCGCCGAAGCAUUUAGUCAUAUUUCCCGACUACCGCAAGGGCAAGAUUAUUUGAUAAAGAAGGAGCUGGUGCUCUUAUCCAUUCACUACCUCGCCAAGUUCUCCCCGAACCCGAGUGUGCGCAACUACGCUCUGGAGUGCCUGGUCAACCUAGCCAACCACCCCGCCUGCAUGGUCAGUUCCUGGAACGGCGGGGGCGAGAUCCGGUUCAUCGAGUAUGCGCCCUACGGGCUCGGAGAGAUGCUCGCGGACCCGAUCAGCUACUCGCCACAUCAACGCGCAUUAGCGGCCCGGGUGCUCUGGCGGUUGGCGGAGGGGCUGAAUGAGAGCCAGGUCAUGGCGCUGGUAAACAGUACCGUGAUCACACGGACGGCGAUGCUGGCGACCAAGCGGAACCUGGUUCAUGGUGCUCUGAGUUUCGUCGCGGCGGAACAAAACGAGCCCGAGGAUUUAGACCUCGACUUGGAGGCGGUGGACCUGGCGACCAACGGCAGUGCCACUCAGUCAGUGCUUGAAAUUGCCUUGAAAAUAUACCAGGAAUACGAACACCCCGAGGAACUGGCACUACGCGAAAAAUGUGCUCGCAUAGUCCUAGCUGUCCUCGGCAAAGUAUCCUACAACACCCUCCUCCAGUUCAUUGACCAAAAGUUCGUCUCUCUGGUGGUUCAACUCGCCGAAUUCGCCUUCGCCGUCGACCGAUAUAGCAAAUACAAAAGCUUCACCGAUCUCAACACCGAAGAACACCCUGGAAAUGAAAACGCACCCGCAGAAGCCGCCAACAACACUGGCAUGAGCGCCGAGGCCGAGGUCGAGACUGCCACUGUGGGGACGGCUGGCAGCAGUGUGCCCGCCUUCCGCUUCGGCAACAUCCACAACGCUCUCCUCGUCGGAGAACCCACCCCCAUGCUGCCCCAAGUGUUCCUUCUCCUUGAGAAACUCUUUGCCAUCGGCGAAGACCUCCGAGUCAAAGGCAAGGGCCUGGAGAACGCCGUCACCUCCAUCCUCACGCUUACAGAUAACAUCGCGGCACUUAACGACGUGCUCGUCAAGACCAGUGGACUGCGGAAAGCCAACGAGCUUAAGAGGUUUAUCAACUGA